AUGGCGCCCCUGAUCCAGAGAUCGGGCACGGCCCCGCCGCCCACCGCCGACCUCCGUCGCCGAACCCCGACGCCGCCCAGUUCUGCUCCGCCGUCGUCGGCGCCCGCCUCCUCAACCCUCCUCCCCGCCGGACUGCCCCGAGCCCGAAGCCGCUACGGACCCGAAACUCGACGUCGCGUCGCCAUCACCGUCGCCUGGAGGAACACCUCGCCGGAGCCCCGCGCUGCCUCGACUCCGUCGCCGCACGUCGUCCACGUCCUCCCCCUCGACGGAUUUCCCCGCGCCUCGUCGGCGAACCCCUGCAUCGGGGGUAUGGAACCCCAUCUUCCCCUGUUUCCUCUGUCCGCGUCGCGUACCGCCGGCCCCGCCCCGCGCCUGCUCGCUCUGCCGCACGCGCCUCGGCCUGCCUUGGCCGCGCGCCCCAUGCACCAGGCCGCGCCUUCCCUGCAUCUACUGCUGCUACCGCCGUUCGUCCCGCCCCGGGCCACUCCGCGCUCGCCUUGGCCCCCCGUCCCUCUCCCCGCGAUGCCUCUUCCCCCCUUCCGGCGCUCGCCUCCGGCCGCCGUGCCGCGGUGCUGGUCGCCGCUGCCGGCCGCACCGUCGCCGUCGCCUUGUGCCCGUUCGGGCGACUCCGCCCCCCGCUUCGCCCAGCGCCCGCUAAGGAUAGCAGGGCCAAUGCCAAAGGGGCCCCACCGGCCCCUUUUCCUAUAG